AUGGAUCCUGAGCUGUAUAAUGCUGCAAUAUAUGGAAGCAGUGAACUAUCUGAGAAACUCACUGAAGAAGGUUCAAAUAUAUAUCUUGGCCAAGUUACAUCCCAAAACAACACCAUUCUUCAUGUGGCAGCAAAAUCUGGCCAGAGAAAGCUUGCAGAAGAUGUUCUGUACUCGAAUUCUUUGCUUCUGUAUGAAACAAAUACAAAAGGAAACACUGCACUGCACAUUGCAGCAAGGCUGGGACAUUUGGAGAUGGUUCGGUUGAUAGUAAACAAGGCAAAGGAGCAAGACCUUGAAGCUGACAGGAGCCUGCUAAGGAUGACAAAUUCCAAGGGUGACACUGCUUUGCAUGAAGCUGUUCGAAAUGAUCAUUAUGAGGUGGCGAUUUUAAUCAUUGAUGAAGACCGAGAUUUGACAUGUUUUGUCAACAACAUUGGAGAAUCUCCACUGUUCUUGGCUGUAGAUAGAGGCUUUUAUAAGGUUGCUCUUCAUAUCCUUGAGACCGCCCCAAAGUGCUCGUAUGUAGGAAGGAAUGGCAUGAAUGCUUUGCAUGCAGCCGUGAUUCGAACACAUAAGAGCAAGCAGUUUAAGUCCACUGAGAAAAAGACUCCUUCAUUAUGGAAGAAAAUCCCAUAUAUUGACAAAUUUACAGGCCUUAAUCUCAAGUUUCCUCUCUCAAGAUAUGAACUAAAUAUCACGGGAGCAGAUUUUGUGGGAAAUGUUCUUAAAAAAUGUCCAUCUUCAAUGUUAGAAGCUGAUGACUUUGGUUGGAUGCCUCUUCACUAUGCUGCACACUUGGGAAAUGUAGAAGUUGUUGAACUAUUUUUGGAGAUCAAUCAUUCUUCCAUCACAUAUGUAAAGGACAACAAUGGCAUGUCUGCUCUUCACAUUGCAGCUAAGGAAGGACAUGUCAAUGUGAUGAGAUCAAUAGUCACAAAAUGCCCUGAUACUUGUGAGUCAUUGGACGAUAGAGAUCGAACUGCUCUUCAUGUUGCUGUAGAGACUAGUAAGAAAAAUGCAGUAAAAUUCUUCCUCCAAACACUUGCUUUUCAAGAUCUUAUAAAUGAGCAAGAUAAAGAAGGUAAUACCCCUUUGCAUCUAGCUGCUUUCCAAGGCCAUUCCAAAAUUUUGGAAAUUCUGGCUAGGGACCCAAGAGUUGACAAAGGAGCUCUAAAUAAGGAUGGAAUGACCACCCUUGACAUCAUCCGAUCAAGCAAGCAGCUAAGGGAGCUUGAAAUUCUUAAAACACUGAGUAUGGCGACUUUGGAGAUAAAGGGAGCUCUGCCAAGUUUGGAGCAAAAGGUUAUCAGAGAUGCUGCUGAAGCAAAGGCAUUGAUUGGUGAGGAUUUUCAAGAACAUGAAAAAGGCAAGAGUAAAAUGUUAGAAGCAAGUGAAAUUUAUGCUGCAGAUAAGUACAAAGAUGACGAGCCAGAAUUGAGUUCUCAAGGAUACAGGCCCUUGGACAUAACAAACAUGUCAAGCAUUAACUUAAUAGUAUCCACAAUAAUAUCAGCAGUCACAUUUGCAGCAGCCUUUACAAUGCCUGGUGGAUACAAUGAGCAAGGCAUAGCUAUUUCGAGUGAGAUAAAGGCUUUCAAAAUGUUUCUUCUGUUUGAUUCCUUGGCUUUUGGUUGCUCGGCAGCCUCCAUGUUUGUCCACUUUUUGGUUGCAGCCUGGCCUAGGCGUCUGAGAUUCAUAUACCCUAUAUACUGUGUGACAAUCUUGACUGAACUAUCACUUGUGGGAUUAGCACUGGCCUUUGUUCAUGGUGCACUUGCAGUCUUUCCUCAGAACUCAGGACUUGCUAACAUGGCUACAAACAGUGUUCUUCUGUCCUUUUCAAUUCCCAUUAUCUAUUUUUUUCUGAAGAUCAUUUACAGCAUCUAUUACUUGUUCAAGGCUCAUGGUCUUCCAUCGAAAAAGGCUUGGUGCACAAGAGUGUAA